CAGUAUUUCCUUUCUGUUCUCCAAACAAAUUCAACCAAAAAAAUAAAGGAUUUAGAAUCCCAUCGUCUGUCUUAUAAAUUCCAAAUUAUCUUAUUUUGUCUAACAAAAGAAUUUUCUGUGAGAGGGAAAAACCCCCUAAAACCCAAUACAUCAGCAAGAAGGUCCAUUUUUUUCAAUAACCUCGAAACCAGACAAAUGUUUUGAAUGAUCAAAAUUUCAGUGUUGUUCUAGCCAAGAGAUGAUGGCUGCAACAGUCUCAGCUCACUUCCUUCUCAAGUCUACUUAUCUUCAACACUCUUCCCUUGGUACCCACAACAUACAAGUCACUGCAACUCUUAGACCCAGAAAACCCACAUCAAGAAAACUAUCACUCUCUUCUUAUAAUACUGCCCAUUUCCAUAUCAUUAGUAAAAACUCUAUCUUUAACCUUAAGUCAUGUUCUUUCCGUACAGUUCUUGCAAAGGUCUCUAGUGAUGGUGGUCCCACUCCACAACAAGAGUACAGUAAAAUUGAGGAAACAAAGAAAAAUUCAUCUAGUUUUGGCGACAGUUACGUGCCCUUAUUUGUUCGGAUGCUUGGGUUAGACAAUGAUCCACUUGAUAGAGAACAGGCUGUAGAGGCAUUAUGGAAAUAUUCACUGGGAGGAAAGAAGUGUGUUGAUAACAUCAUGCAGUUUCAGGGAUGUGUCAAUCUCAUCAUAAAUCUUCUCAAGUCGGAUUCCAGUUCUACAUGUGAGGCAGCAGCUGGCCUUCUACGAUCAAUAGCUUCGGUUAAUCUAUACAGAGAUGUGGUAGCGGAAAGUGGAGCAGUAGAGGAGAUAACUGGAUUACUCUGUCAACCUUCCUUGACUUCUGAGGUAAAGGAGCAAAGUAUAUGUGCUUUGUGGAACUUGUCUGUAGAUGAGAAGAUCAGAGUCAAAAUUACAAAUAGUGAUAUCCUUCCAGUUCUUAUUAAGGCACUGGAGGAUGAGGACAUAAGAGUGAAGGAAGCUGCGGGAGGGGUUUUGGCCAAUUUGGCAUUGACCGUAUCUAACCAUAACACCAUGGUUGAGGCAGGCUUAAUUCCUAAGUUGGCAGUUCUCUUAAAAGCUGAUAUUGAAGAUGAAUACAAGGUCAUUAGGAAGGAAGCAAGAAAUGCCCUUGUGGAACUUGCUAAGAAUGAAUACUAUCGAAUUCUUGUCAUAGAUGAAGGUCUGGUUCCUGUCCCACUCAUUGGUGCAACUGCCUACAAGUCAUAUACUCCAGCUCUGCAUGCAUGGCCUACUUUACCUGAUGGUAUGAAGAUUGAACGGACUUCUAAGGGCCCUUCAAGAUUUGGUGCUUCUGAUUUGCUCCUUGGAUUAAAUAUUGACGACAAGAACACAAACAUAGAGGAUGCAAAGAUGAAAGCAAUUAUUGGACGAUCUAAGCAACAAUUUCUUGCUCGUUCUGGGUCUAUAGAAGUGGAAGAUGCAAAAUCAUCUCAAACUGAAUUUUCUGCUAGUAGGCAAUUUACAAUUUUGCCUUGGGUGGAUGGUGUAGCCAGAUUAGUAUUAAUUCUUGAACUUGAAGAUGAGUCAGCCUUAUCCAGAGCUGCAAAUUCAAUUGCUGAUGCAUCUAUUAAUGAACAUAUGCGAAAUUCAUUCAAGGAAGCUGGUGCAAUCAAGCAUUUAGUCCGGCUCUUAUAUCAUAAGAAUGAUGCUGUCAGACUUGCUGUUAUUGGUGCUUUGGAGAGAUUGUCUGCCAGCAAUACUGUUUGUCAGAUAAUUGAAGCUGAAGGUGUAAUUUCUCCCUUGAUUGACCUCUUAAAAAACUCAGAGACCUUGGAAAUUAUGAUGGAAAAGGCCUUGAAUGUACUAAAUCGAAUCUUAGAUCCUAGCAAAGAAAUGAAAUCAAAGUUUUAUAAUGGACCAGUUAACGGAUCUAAAAGGGGAUUGGACUUAACAAGAGACCUGGAUUCUUCCAGUGGAUUGACUACAAAAAUAGAUGAAAUGUCGAUGUCAAAAAUCAAUACCAGCUGUUUCAGACAAGAUCUGCUGGACUCCUCUGUCAUUGCUCGACUUGUUGAGAUACUGAAGCACUCAUCCUCAAAUUUACAAAGAAAAGUGGCUACUGUCAUUGAAUUUCUGGCACUUAAUGAUGCAAAUAUGGACUUAAUCAUCUCGUCAGAUAUUGAAUCUGGUCUGGCUGCUGUUUUCCAGCAAACAGUAAUGAGUGAAUUAGAUUCUGAUAUUGAAAAUCAGCAGCCAGAACUAUAUGCCCUUCAAGUUGAAGAAACUGGUCUGGCAAUAUCUGCAGCAUCCCGUUUACUCACCGUGCUUCUAGAUUCAGAUCAGUUUUCCCGCGCUGCGAACGCCCACCAUUUCACUAAAUUGCUACGUAAAAUCUUGAAAUCAAACAUCCCUCUUCAUUACAAAAACUGGGUUGCUGCUUGCCUAGUGAAACUCAGUUCACAAUAUGGUCCUAGCCUACAAUUUGAGGAUCCCAUCAACACUGAAGUAACUCUUUAUGAGACCAUUCCCAGAUUGAUAGAGCAGAUUAAAUCCACUUUCUUUCCGGAAGUGCAGGAAGCUGCAGCUGUAGAACUCAACAGAAUAAUUUCUGAGGGGGGGGUAGAUGCUAUUCCAGCUGUUGCUUCCUCAGGGGGAAUAUUUCCAUUGGUGAAGCUAAUAGAAGGAGGAAGCGAGAGGACUGUAGAAGCAGCAAUGUCGAUCUUAUAUAAUAUGAGCAUGGACAGUGAAAAUCAUUCAGCAAUUAUAGCUGCAGGAGCGGUACCAGCUCUGAGGAAAAUUGUUCUAUCACAAAAGCCACAAUGGAAUCAAGCAUUGCAUUUGCUGAGGACUCUAGCUUCAUGAGGAGACCACAAAUUCUGCAGCGGGUAGUUACCCUGAGGCAAUGUGUUGAAUGUAAAUAUUUGUACGAAUGCUGAUCAGUUUUGCUCUUAUUUUUACAACCGCAUUCAGUUUACGAAUCCACAGCACAUCUUUUUCCCUUGUAUUUGUGAAAAACAAAGUAGUAUCUUCCACUUGAAACAUGAAAGAUUAACUGUUAUUAAACAUUUCAUUAAUUAUA